AUGACUUAUCAAAAUUAUUGUAUUCACUUCAAUCACACCGAUGGUUGUAACAAUGAAACGUCCAUUACUCUUAGUACUCUAUUUAUUUCGAUCUUUUCUAUACUUCUUCUUAUAGUCAUGUUAAUUGGUGUCGUGGGAAAUCUUCUAGUCAUCUAUGUUGUUCUUAACUACGGCCGGUUGAAAACAGUUACGAAUACGUAUUUAUUACACUUAGCGUUAUCAGAUCUUGUUUUUUUAAGUGGUAUACCAUUUUUUGUCUCCUCAUUGAUUACUCGCGGUUGGAUAUUCGGUGGGUUUGUUUGUAAAUUAUUCUUUCUUACUCAAGGUGUUAAUCAAUACACAUCCAUCAUUAUCUUAGCUUUAUUGUCGUUCGAUCGAUAUCUAGCUGUAUGCUAUUCAGCGAAAUCGAUCGUAUGGCGUUCACGUGUUAAUCCAAAUCUCUUAUUAAUUUUAACGUGGAUUCUUUCCUUUGUUUUAAUGUUACCGAUCAUAGUAUUCACAACAGCUCAAUACUUUUCCCUGUCGAAAGUUCAAUGCACAAUCAAUUUUCCUUACUCGGAGUCUCGUGCACUUUAUUACAUUUUCGUUGCAUAUACGUCAACAAUUACAUUUGUAUUCCCUCUUAGUCUGAUGACGUAUUUUUAUAUAAAAAUAGUUCGUCGAUUGAAACAUCGCGUGUCUCAACAGCACCGUCGUUCACGAACAUCGAUUCGUACACGACGCAAAGUCUCCGUUUUAGUUUUAGCUGUGAUUAGUGUACAUAUUUGUUGUUGUUCACCGUAUUGGGCAUUUCAAGUGAUGACAACCAGUGAACUGAUUCCGCAAACCAGUUCAAUAUUGGUUUACACAUCGAGCAUCUGUCAAUUUCUUUUAUUUGUCAAUUCAUCAACAAAUCCUGUACUGUACGCAUUUUUAAGUGAAAACUUUCGUUUAAGUUUCAAACGUGUCUUCUAUUGUUGUUUGUCGACCAGUGAUACGCAAUAUUUACACGAAAAAACUGCUCUUAAAAGAAACUUAACUCUCCCACCGAGUCGAAGUAAUUCUCAUCGAAUGAGAAGGAGUAAACUAUCAACGGCAACAAUGGCAUCAGAUAGUCGCAAUUCGGAAACAACAUUGAACAACCAACGUUUGUCCAUCUCCAUGAAAUAUAACAAUCAACUCUACGCACAGAGUCGACACUCCUCACUCGCACCAACCAUGUCCAUAUUCACUUCGGAAACAUCAUUCGUUUCGGAUAUGUAA